GCGGAGCCUCGGCUUCCGAGGGUCGCCGGGUAGUGGCGAGCCGCAGACGGCAGGGCGUCUUGCUCGCUGCGCGGCCGGAGGAAGGCCCCGACGAGAUGGGCGCCGCCAGGGCUGCGGCUCCAGGAGGGACCCCGAAGCCGGGUCGGAAGGCGCUCCUGACGGCAGCGGGUGCGGAGGUGGCGGGCUGAAGCGGAGGCUGGGUGCCCAGAGCAGGCGGCGCGGCGGGAGAAUCGGGACUCUGCCCUCUCCCCGAAAUUCCCCGGUUGGGCGCCUCGGGCUCACUCAGCCGCGCCCUCUUCCAGCUUUCUCCGGGGAAGGAGCAGCUUUCACCUCGUCAUCUCGGGAGCUCUGCCCUCGACCCGCAGUGCAGGGUUUUAUGCCGCUUUGAUCUUUUCUGAGUAGUGCACGGUGUUCUCUGGACCGCUUCGUUCAGGACUGGAGCGUUUUAAGUCAUUCUUAAAACUGAAGCCGAUAUUUAGUUUAAUUAGGAGUUGAGCAGACUCAGUGGUGCUGGACCGAAAUUUGACUACUCACAGCUCGAUAGCGGAUACUUCAAAGCGGUCCCCUUCGACGGCCGCUCCGGACCCUGCGAGGCAGGCUGCCAUGGCGUUCCCCCACCUGCAGCAGCCCAGCUUCCUGCUGGCCAGCCUGAAAGCCGACUCUAUGAACAAGCCCUUUGCACAGCGCUGCCAAGACUUGGUUAAAGUCAUCGAGGACUUUCCAGCAAAGGAGCUGCACGGUGUCUUCCCGUGGCUGGUCGAGAGCAUCUUUGGCAGCCUGGAUGGCGUCCUGCCCGGGUGGAACCUGCGCUGCCUGCAGGGCCGCGUCAGCCCCGUGGAGCACAGCGUGGCCAUGGAGUUCCUGGACCCUGGAGGCCCAAUGAUGAAACUGGUGUAUAAACUUCAGGCUGAAGACUACAAGUUUGACUUUCCUGUCUCCUGCCUGCCUGGGCCCGUGAAAGCGUCCAUCCAGGAGCGCGUGCUUCCUGACAGUCCCCUGUACCACAACAAGCUGCAGCUGCCCCCCAGCGGGGGCCUUGGCCUGUACCUGGCCCUCAAUCCCUUCGAGUACUACAUGUUCUUCUUUGCUUUGAGCCUGAUCGCUCAGAAGCCACCCCCCGGAGCUCUCCACGUCCGCACCUCCGACUGCGCCUACUUCAUCCUGGUGGAUAGGUACCUGGCGUGGUUCCUGCCCACAGAAGGCAGCGUGGUGCCCCCACUCUCCUCCAGCCCGGGGGGGCCCAGCCCCUCACCGGCUCCCAGGACGCCGGCCGUGCCCUUCGCAUCCUACGGCUUGCACCACACCAGCCUCCUGAAGCGGCAUGUCUCCCACCAGACGUCGGUGAACGCGGACCCCGCCUCCCACGAGAUCUGGCGGUCGGAGACGCUGCUCCAGGUGUUUGUGGAGAUGUGGCUGCACCAUUACUCUCUGGAGAUGUACCAGAAGAUGCAGUCCCCUCACGCCAAGCUGGAGGUCCUGCACUACCGGCUCAGCGUCUGCCGCGCCCUCCACAGCCCCGCCCACCCCAGCCUCCAGGCCCUCCACGCCCACCAAGUACUGGCCGCGCGCGUCCUGUCCCUCCACCCCCCGCGGCGACGCAGAGGCCCCUUCCGAGCAGAGCCAGACCCUCCCGCUGGGGUUCGGGGUUGCAGCCAGGAGUCCUUCAUGCCCACGGAGGAGCACGUGCUGGUCGUACGGCUGCUGCUGAAGCACCUGCACGCGUUCGCCAACAGCCUGCGGCCUGAGCAGGCCUCUCCCUCCGCCCACUCCCACGCUGCCAGCCCCCUGGAGGAGUUCAAGAGGGCCGCCGUCCCGAGGUUCGUCCAGCAGAAGCUGUACCUGUUCCUGCAGCACUGCUUUGGCCACUGGCCCCUGGACGCGUCCUUCAGAGCUGUGCUGGAGAUGUGGCUGAGCUACCUGCAGCCCUGGAGGUACGCGCCCGAGAGGCAGGCCCCGGGCAGCGACUGCCAGGCCCGCAGCGUGUCGGAGAGAUGGGCUCCCUUUGUGCAGGAGAACCUGCUCGUCUACACCAAGCUCUUCCUGGGCUUCCUGAACCGCGCACUGCGCACGGACCUCGUCAGCCCCAAGAACGCACUCAUGGUGUUCCGCGUGGCCAAGGUCUUUGCUCAGCCCAACCUGGCUGAGAUGAUCCAGCGGGGCGAGCAGCUGUUCUUGGAGCCCGAGCUCGGCGUCCCUCAGCGGCAGCACCGGCCCUUCACGGCGCCCUCCUUCACCGGCAGCUUCCUGUCGUCAUGGCCGCCGGCGGUCACCGACGCCUCCUUCAAGGUGAAGAGCCACGUGUACAGCCUGGAGGGCCAGGACUGCAAGUACACGCCGAUGUUCGGGCCCGAGGUCCGGGCGCUGGUCCUGCGCCUGGCGCAGCUCAUCACGCAGGCCAAGCAGACGGCCAAGUCCCUCUCAGACCAGUGCGGGGAGAGCGCGGCCGGCCGCCCCUUCCUGUCCUGGCUGGGCUUCUACCCCGCGGACACCAAUGGCGCCUACGCGGGCAACGACCUGGACGAGAUGGGGCAGGACAGCGUCCGCAAGACGGACGAGUACCUGGAGAAGGCGCUGGAGUACCUGUGCCAGGCGUUCCGGCUCAGCGAGGCCCAGCUCGCCCAGCUGACGCUCGCCCUGGGGACAACGCAGGAUGAGAACGGGAAGAAGCAGCUGCCGGACUGCAUCGUGGGCGAGGACGGGCUCAUCCUCACGCCCCUGGGCCGCUACCAGGUCAUCAGCGGGCUGCGGCGCUUCGACAUCGAGUACCAGGGCGACUGGGAGCUGCAGCCCAUCCGGAGCUACGAGAUCGCCAGCCUGGUCCGCGCGCUUUUCCAGCUGUCGUCCGCCAUUAACCGCAGGUUCGCAGGCCAGAUGGCGGCGCUGUGCUCGCGGGCUGACUUCCUGGGCAGCUUCUGCCGCUACCACCUCUUGGAGCCCGGGCUGUCAGGCCGGCGUCUGCUGAGCCCCGUGGGGCGGGGCCACGCUGCCAACCGCGCGCGGGGCCCGCGGCUCAGCCUGCGCUUCCUGGGCAGCUACCGGACGCUGCUGUCGCUGCUGCUGGCCUUCUCGGUGGCCUCACUCUUCUGCGUGGGGCCUCUGCUCUGCGCCCUGCUCCUCGUGCUGGGCUACCUCCUCUACGCCGUGGCCAUGACGCUGCUCACCGAGCGCGGCAAGCUGCACCAGCUCUGAGUGUGGCUGCCCGCCGCCCCUUACCCCAUGCCCGUCACCUCCGUGCUGCUUCGGCUGGUUUCCCGCGGCCUGGCCGGCGGCAGGAUGAGAGCCUGCUGGCCAGGGCCUGGGCCUCCCUGAGGGGAGGGUGGUGCGGUGGGCUCUCUGCCUCGGCCGGAGGCCCCGCAGGGAGGUGCCUUUCUCUCCACUGUGUGAAGCUCUGGAGUCGGGCCUCCCCGGAGGGCCCGCAGUGUGUCUUUCGUGGCCCUGGAGGCGGGGCCAGUGAGACCCCAGAACAGGAGACUAGCCUCUGGCUCCCAAGAAGAAUCAGGCCUUAAGAAAAUUAGAUCGUGGUUCUCCUCUGGUUCAGGAUUUUAAAGCUAAUGUUGCUGCCAAGUCCGGGCUGCACAUCUGCAUCUGAGGAGAGGCGCGCAGACGCCCCCAGGUCACGGGCCAGGCCUGCCUCGUGUGCAGGCCUUGUCCCUGCAGGCGGGCGGGCUGCCUGCCCUGGUCCACAGCCGGGGGCGGUCGGAAGCACCGUUUCUGUCUUUGCUCAGAGCAGGUGCUUGGACAGUGUUGGGUAACGUUCAAACGUUCCAGCUGCACGAGGCUGCACGUUCACAGACCUUCACGGCCUCCCACGCCCUUUGUCCUGCAGAUGACGCGCUGGGGGGCACUUGCCAACUCAGAUUUUUAAAAGCCUUUGGUGUCUGUCUGUUUAAGUUUUCAAACUGUAAAUGUUGGGCUUUGUGUUUUAAUGUAAACUCAGAACAGUGGCCUUUGGGGCCUGUGACCAAAAACCAAACUUGUAACUGACCCUGGAUCUGAAUAAACCUGCUCUUGGUCUUGA